AUGAGAUGUGUUGCACUUAUUCUUAAUCUCCUUGUGCAAUACGGUAUUAAGGAUGCUUCUGUGUCUGUGGAUCGAGUUAGAGGUGCUGUGAGGUAUAUAAGAGCAUCACCAUCGAGGUUGACAAAAUUCAACCAACGGGUAAAAGAAGAAAUGAUAGAUAGUAAGGCUCAAUUGUGUUUAGAUGUGCCUACUAGAUGGAACUCAACAUAUAUGAUGUUAAAGGUGGCUGAAAAAUAUGAGCGUGCAUUUGAAUCAUAUGUACUUGUUGACCAUAAUUUUUUUCUUGAUCUUACUGCUGGAGAUGGAGUUCCUACAUUUGAUGAUUGGGAAAUUGUUCGAAGAGUUAUAAAAGUAUUGGAGCCUUUUUAUCAUCUUACAUUGAAGGUGUCCGGAUCUUUGCAUGUUACCUCUCAUUCACUUUUUGAAGUAUUGACGGAUGUACAUUGCCUUUUUGAUGGGUGGCAAGAUUGUGGAGAUCUAGACAUAAUUUCUAUGACUUCCAAAAUGAGAGAGAAAUAUAAUAAGUAUUGGGGUGAAGGAAACAAGAUCAACAUGCUAGUUUACUUGGCAGUCAUCUUUGAUCUACGAUGUAAAAUGAGUUUUUUGGACUUUGGAGUCAACUUGCUUUUUCCUAAUGUUGCUAAUGACAUUAUGAAAAUGAUUGAUAAAGAAUUGCAUUGCUUGUUCAAUGAGUAUUCUUCUAAUGCCGGGAGAAUUGAAUUGUUUGAAGGUAGAUUUAGUUCUUCAACUAAUCUUUGCAGUUCAAUGGAAAUAGAUCAGUCAGAAAUGAAAACGGGCUUGGCCAAACAAAAAUACCUUAAGAAGAAAAAACAAGUUGGAUUAGAAAGCAAAUCUGAGUUGGAUAGAUAUUUGGGUAAGGAUGAAAAAGUAAACAAUUCAAGUUCAUUUGAUUUACUAUUAUGGUGGAAAAUGAACAGUCCUAGAUUCCCUAUUCUUGCACAAAUGGCUCGAGAUAUUCUUGCUAGUCCUAUCUCAAUAGUUGCCUCGGAAAGUGCAUUUAGCAAGGGUGGACGUGUUCUCGAUAGUUUUAGAAGUUCUCUAACUCCUCUCAUGGUCGAGGCUUUAGUUUGCACACAAGGUUGGCUUUGGAAAUCUAGUGAUGCCAUCAAUCUUGAAGAUUAUGUUGAUGAACUUCAAAUCAUGGAAGACGAUUUAUUCAAAAUACCCGAAGAUCAAGAAGAUGUUUCAAGAUUAUCAACGGUGAUUGAAGCACAAGAAGAAAGUUAA